UUUUCUCUCAGUGUAUCAAAAAAUUUUCAACAAUGUUCGACAUUUAAUUGAGUAUUUCUCCUUCACAAGAAGUGGUACGUGACAUCUCCCCCAGACUCAUUCGUUAUGGGGAUAAUCCCAUAUUCACCUGUCAUUUCAUAAAAAUUCUAUUCUAUUCUAAAUAUUAAAGAGCAACAUUGAAUCUCAAAUUCAUAGAACAGGAUCAUAAAUUCAGCUGAAACGUCCUCAUUCUCUCAAAAUGGACGAGAAGUCUCCCCAAUAGAAUGAAAAAACGUGAGAAUAACUUCUUCAAUAUAUGAGAUGUCUCAAACGAAAUGAGUAUCAAACUCAUUGGAAACUAGCUCCGGGCGUCCUUGUGUGUCUCACCAACAUUCAACCGAGAGACAAUAUAAGAACGUCUGUUUCCCCAUCGACCCCGUUAGUUGAGCAUCGGGUGUGUGCAGAAGCAGUCGCUAUGCAGCAGUCGGCAGUCAUUCUCCUCUGCACUCUGGGAAUUGCUUUUGCGGACGUGAAAUCGGAUUUCGAGGCGGCGAAAAUUGUCCCUGAUAUUAUAGACAGUGCGCCGUUGAAGAAAAUUGAGAUCAAGUAUGGGGACAAAGAAGUGAAUCUUGGAAAUGAGUUUGCACCCACUGAGACGAAAAAUAUCCCAGAAGUUCAUUAUGAACAUGAGGGAGGAGUGCUGUACACACUUGUUAUGACAGAUCCUGACAUCCCAGUGCGAGGAUACAACCGAGAAUGGCAGCACUGGGUCGUUGGCAACAUCCCAGAGGACAAAGUGGCCAAGGGUGAGGUGUUGACUGAGUACGUGGGGCCAGCGCCUCCAAAGGGCUCCGGCAAACACAGAUACGUUUUCCUGCUGUACAAGCAGAACCAGGGAUCGAUAACAUUCGACGAGAGGAGGAUUGGUAACAGGGACAACCGACGAAACAGAUUUUCGGUCAAGAAACUCGCUGAGAAGUACAACCUUGAGGGUCCACUCGCUGGAAACUACCUCAAGGCUGAAUACGACGAUUAUGUUCCUGUUAUUCACAAGCAAAUAGGGAAUUAAGUAUCAAUAAUGCAUCUUCGCUAAUAUGUAGGGUGUGGGGGAAUGGUUAAAUGUUGAUAAUGGAUGCAAAAUGUUAUGGUAAUUUGACAAUUCAACAAUUGAUAACAUGAACAACAUGAAAAAAUGGAUUUUCCCUAAAGUUACAAUUUUUAUAACGAAAAUUGUAAAAAACAAAUCACUCUUCGACGUUUACCACUCCCUUGAUACAUUAAAAUUGAAGAAAAUUAACAUUGUGUUGAUAAUGGGUGAAAAACAUGAUGAUAAUUUGAUAAUUCAACAAUUGACAACAUGAAAAACUGCAUUUUCCUUUAAAAUUACGUUUUGUAUAACAAAAAUUGUGAAAACAUUGAUUCUUCGAUAUUUACCACUCUCUUAAAGCAUUAAAAUCGAAGAAAAUCAAUAUUGAGAUUGUACUAUGAAGAAAAAACUAAUAAAAACUGAGGAACAUUGUUUUUUAGGUCGAUAGAAAAUUAUUUGCAGUCAAUAUACCCUAGACGAUACUAGGAUUGGUAACUGGACAAAUGACGAUUAUAUUCCUGUUAUUCACAAGCAAAUGGGGAACUAAGUAUCGAUAAUCAAUCUCAAUUAGCAUUUAUGCAGACGAUUCGAUAAUUCAACACCUUACAGAAUGAAAAAAAAAUGAAUUUUCCUCCAAAACGACAAUUUAAAUAACGAAAAUUGUAAAAAAAAAUUCACCCUUGGGCAGAAAAACAACUGCUAAAAUCUGAGGAACAUUUGUUUUUUAUUCCGAUAGAAAAUGAUUUGCUGACGGUACAACAUCGUCCUUUGGUAUGGCAACAUGUAUACACUAGACGAUAAUUCAUUAAUAUCCAAUGCCUAUUCGUCGCAAUUGUCACCACUCCCCACUAUCAACAACACCCUACCUAUACUUAUGCAUAGUAAGCGAAAUUCAUUGCGUCAUUCAUCAUCAAAAUAAAAUUCAUCACUUCCCUGAAGUAACAAACGAGCCAUGAAAAAAACUAAUUGGUAAUAAAUAAAUAAAUACCAUCAUACCGAUA